AUGCAAGACUCAAUAGUGAUCGUCGGCGCUGGUGUGAUAGGAUUGGAUGUCGCGCUCAUUCUCGCGGAGAACGGUUAUAGCCGACACACCACUAUUGUCGCGCAACACCUACCAGGAGACACAUCCGUCGAUUACACCUCGCCUUGGGCUGGCGCGAACUUCUCCGCUAUAUCAGGGAGCGACAAAAAUGCCCUCAUAUGGGAUAAAGCUGGUUACAAGCGUCUGAUGAAGCUUGCAGCUACCAAUAGCCCCGCGGCUGCCAUCAAGAAAACGCAAUCAUUCGAAUACUGGGAUAAGAAGCCAGCUGAGGAGAAGCUGGAGUCUCUUGCAGACUACCUCGAAGAUUUUACUGUAAUACCCUCGGAUAAACUUAUACCAGGUGUUGAAUAUGGCAUUUCUUUCACGUCAGUUUCCAUCAAUGCUCCUCAGCAUAUCCGAUAUCUCAAAAGCCAGCUCGAAGAGCAAGGCGUGAAGUUCCUGCGACGUAAGCUGGAGCAUCUAGAUUCUGCGUUCCUUAGCGAGCACACCAAGGUGGUGUUCAACUGUAUAGGGAACGGCGCGCGUCACCUACCCGGUGUUCAGGACCAGAAGUGCUUCCCUGUCAGGGGACAGAUUCUGCUUGCACGAGCACCGCAAAUUGGCCAGAACAUCAUGCGUCAUGGCAAAGACUAUGAAACAUAUAUCAUCCCACGGCCCCAUUCCAAAGGUAAUGUGGUUCUUGGGGGGUACAUGCAGAAGAAUAACGGCACCGGCGAUACCUUCGCCCACGAGUCGGAAUCAAUCUGGAAGCGGACUACAGGACUGGUACCCGCUUUGGACAUUCCCGAAACAGAGAUUCUAGCGGCUUUUGCGGGGCUUCGGCCUGGUAGACUGGGAGGCGCACGCAUUGAGAAAGAGGCGCGAAGUGAUGGCCGUAUUGUUGUGCACAAUUACGGAGCGGGAGGGACAGGGUAUCAGGCUGGAUUGGGUAUGGCGAUGGAAGCUGUGGGGCUUGCGCUUCCGUACUUGAAGGACCUCCCGAACAGUUCGGAUAUCUUUGUUCCAAACACUGCGGAGAAUGCUGCGAUUAGAGCGAAGUUGUAG